UCGUCUGUGAAACGGAGUGCUGCGGAGCGCGCUGCUUUUGAUUUCGAACGAGCCCGACUCGGAACGGGAAUGUAUGCUAUACGCGACGGAAAUCGCGGAACGUCGCCAGGUGUUACGGAUUUCUACGUGGCGCCGAGUUCGUCGCAGCGAUACUCCGGCACCUACGCGUGGGAUACGGAUACGGUGCUCGUAAACCGCUAGAAAUUCAUUCGCGACAAUUUAAAGAUCCGACGACGUGCGAUCGUUCCGGUAGCGAGCAUGGCCCCGAAGAAGCCCGAGGAACCCGAGCGGAAGCCGCUCAUCGGACGCGUUGGUACCAAUUUGAAAAUGGGCAUAGUCGGGAUACCGAAUGUAGGGAAGUCGACUUUCUUCAACGUUCUCACCAAGAGCCAGGCGGCGGCCGAGAAUUUCCCCUUCUGCACCAUCGAUCCUAAUGAAAGUCGCGUUCCGGUACCCGACGCGAGAUACGACUACCUCUGCGAAUACUUUAAACCCGCUAGCAAAGUUCCGGCCUUCUUACACGUAAUGGACAUCGCAGGACUGGUGAAAGGUGCCUCCGAGGGGCAAGGCUUGGGAAACAGUUUUCUCUCGCACAUCGGAGCCUGCGACGGCAUAUUUCAUCUUUGUCGUGCCUUCGAGGACGACGAUGUCACCCACGUGGAGGGUGAUGUCAAUCCCGUGAGGGACCUCGACAUCAUCAGCGAGGAAUUACGACUGAAGGACUUGGAAUUCUUAAACGUGCACCUCGAGAAGCUCGAAAAGCUCGUGAUACGUGGUAAUGAUAAGAAGCUAAAACCCGAAUACGAUACGCUUCUGAAGGUGAAGGGCGUCCUGGCAGACGAGAAAAAACACAUCAGGUUCGCCGAUUGGAGUGCCAACGAUAUUGAAGUAUUGAACAAAUAUCUGUUCCUCACGUCAAAGCCGAUCAUUUACUUGGUAAAUCUGUCGGAAAAGGAUUACAUACGCAAGAAAAACAAAUGGUUAAUCAAGAUAAAAGAGUGGGUCGACAAGAACGACCCGGGCGCGGUGUUAAUCCCUUUCAGCGGCGUCUUCGAAAAUAAGAUUCUCGAUAUGGACGAGGCGGAGCGCGCAAAAUACUUCGAGGAACACAAAGUCACCAGUGCACUUGACAAAAUUAUCACACAAGGAUAUAAGGCGCUACAACUGCAAUAUUUCUUCACGUGCGGCCACGACGAGGUCAAGGCGUGGACGAUUCAGAAAGGCACAAAAGCGCCUCAAGCUGCUGGAAAGAUACAUACGGAUUUUGAAAAAGGAUUUAUCAUGGCUGAAGUGAUGAAAUAUGAGGAUUUCAAGAACGAGGGCUCGGAAGCAGCAGUAAAAGCCGCUGGAAAAUACAGACAACAAGGACGUAAUUACGUAGUCGAGGAUGGUGACAUUAUUUUCUUCAAAUUUAACGCAGGCGCCGGAUUAAAGGACCCCAAAAAGAAGUGAUGCCACGCGUUUCUCAUGUUGUUGCUCGUCCAUCUGUACAUCAACAUGAUCCUGUUAUCCUGUUGCAUGCAUCAUCCACGCGUCAAUCAAGCCAACUCGCUUUCCAGUCCUCCCUGACUCUUUCAUUUAUGAUAAACAUGUGUACACGCUAAUGACGAUGAUAUUUUUAUAUUUUUAUUCUCUGCAGCAUAUGUGUGUAUAAAAAAUUAAUUAUGCUCGCAAUAGAUUGCAAGGCGAGUUUAUUGCGAUAAUUUCAAAAUUUUUUUCGAUCAAAGUUAUAUGUAGAAAACAACGUACUUUAGCAACAUUGUCCACGUGUUAUUAUUUUUUUUUAUAAAAAAUAAUAUUGUCUACAAGAGAAAGAGAUGAUAUUUUUACAUUUCAUGUACGUAAUUGGCUGUUUAUAUAUAGAUCGUAUUCUAUAUUUUUCGUUUUUGGUGAGAAAUGUGCGGACACAGUAAAAGAGAAUGAAAGGAAAAGGGGAUGACGUGUGUGUAAAGCAUUUCUUUGUACUCUUCUGUAUUUAUUCUAUAAAUAUUAAAUUACAUUGACGUAAAAGGAUUGUAGCGACUUCAUAAUUUGCGAAUAAAAUAAGAGUUAUGAAUA